AUCAUACUCAUUCUAGGGGUUGUCGCCUCGUGUAUCUCAUACCUCAUUCUUGUCUUUCGGACUGCAUUCCAAAAGGGAUUACGACAAGUUCCCGGUCCAUUCAUCGCUCGCUUUUCAGGAUUGUUUCGCCUGUGGCUUGUUUACGCAGGAAAAGCACCGUUCAAAUAUCGAAAAGUGCACCGAGACUAUGGUCCAAUAGUGCGCGUUGGUCCAAAUCAUGUUUCUAUAUCGGAUCCUGCAGUGAUUCCUCAGAUUUAUGGCAUUGGGACAGACUUCCCUAAAACACAUUUUUAUGACGUUUUCAUUCCAUUCUACAAGGACAAACCCAUGCAGAGUCUGUUCGCGACCCGCGACUCAGCAUAUCAUCGGACCUUGAAGAGACCGGUUGCGCAAUUAUUUUCCAUGACUAAUAUGAAAAACUACGAGAUAUACACCGAUGAAUGUACCAGCAUCUUUACGCAGGUCAUGAAGGGGUUGCAGAAUCAGUCGAUAGACCUCUCCAGCUGGCUACAGUUUUAUGCAUUUGAUGUCAUCGCAUCGAUAACAUUCCAACGUCGAUUUGGGUUUAUGGAGCAGCGCAAAGACAUAGGUAACAUGAUCGGCGAUCUUCACUUCGCUCUUCAAUAUGGCAAGAUAAUAGGCCAGUUCCCUGGCCUUCACCCAUGGCUAGGAGGGAAUAAGUGGCUACUAAGCACUUUAAAAGCGUUGGGAAUGGAACUACCGGAUCCCUUGGCACAGUUUGUAAAAGAUGAGAUUGAAAGAUAUGACCUCCAGGAGAAUAAGGUAGCCCAAACUCAGGGAAAGGAAAGGACAGAUUUUCUCGCUCAGUUAAGAGCCAAGGAGGCCGAAGGAGGCCAGCUAUCCUACCGUGAUAUAGUCAACCAUUUGUCUAAUAAUAUCCUUGCUGGCUCCGAUACCACAGCUAUUUCAUUACGAGCUUGUUUUUACUACCUGAUGAAAACACCGAGUGCCUACAAGAAGCUUGUUGCUGAAAUAGAUGAAGCAGAUGAAAAGUCUCGAUUAUCGGAUUUCGUUACGUACGAAGAAAGUUUACAGCUUCCGUAUCUCCAAGCGGUGAUGAAGGAAGCCAUGCGACUACAUCCUGGAGUCGCGUUUCCCUUGGAAAGGUAUGUGCCCAAGGGAGGCGCUGUGAUCUGCGGCCAUUGGCUCCCCGAAGGGACCAACGUUAGCGUCAAUGCCACAGUCAUCCAUAUGGACAAACAUGUUUAUGGUGAAGAUGCGGACAAGUUUCGACCAGAGAGGUGGAUAGAAGCGACUUCAGACCAACUCAAAAUCAUGAACCGAAGUUUCAUUGCAUUUGGCCACGGGGGCCGAUCUUGCAUUGGAAAGAACAUCUCGAUCUUAGAAAUGGGGAAAUUUCUUCCCCAGAUACUGAGACAUUUCGACGUUGAAUGGGCUUCCAGUAAGCCAGAAUGGAAUCUGGAUGCUGCUUGGUUCUGGGUACAAUCAGGGAUGGUUGCAAAAUUUCAAUGGAGGGGAAAGUCGACCUGA